CAUCACUUCCGGUAUAUGAGGUCAACUUUUCCCUCUUCCGGUAGAUGAGGUCAACUUUUCCCCUCAGAUCCGCCAUUUUCCAGUCGGGGGACUUCUUUUUUCUUGUUGCACAUUAAGUUUUAAAUUAGUCAUUUUAACCUUUUUAAACAAUUCAUAUUGGGUUUUUUUUGUGCAAUAGAAGUUCCGCCAACUUUAAUUGUUUGAUAUAAGUCGUAAAAGUUGUAAAAAAGUGUGGUUUUGUAGUGUUUUUAGUGUGUUUUCCAGGAGGUUAGUGAACUAAAGUUUUUUGUAUGAGUUUUGGAUAAGAGGGAGAGGCGAAGGGUGAAGGGCCUCCAGCCUCCUGACCGGGUUUCAGAGCCUCCAUGGCGGGUAAUUUUGACGCCGAAGACCGCUCUAGCUGGUACUGGGGUCGGCUAAGCCGCCAGGACGCUGUCUCCCUCCUCCAGGGUCAGAGACACGGUGUUUUCCUGGUGAGAGACUCGAUAACCAGCCCGGGUGACUACGUGCUGUCCGUCUCAGAGAACUCCAAAGUGUCCCAUUAUAUCAUCAACAGCAUCACUAACAACCGGCAAUCUGGAUCAGGUUUGGCUCCUCCUCGGUUUCGGAUUGGGGAUCAGGAAUUUGAGGCGCUGCCGACCCUGCUGGAGUUUUAUAAGAUCCACUACCUGGACACCACCACGCUCAUAGAGCCCGUAAACAAGGCCAAGCACACGGGAUUCGUCAGCGCUUCUGCUGGCGCCCCGCAGCCAACCGACGAGGCAGAGUUUGUACGGGCGGUAUUUGACUUCCCCGGCAACGACGAGGAGGACCUCCCCUUCCGCAAGGGUGACAUCCUGCGGGUGCUGGAGAAGCCUGAGGAGCAGUGGUGGAACGCCGCCAACCAGGAGGGCCGAGCCGGGAUGAUCCCCGUUCCCUACGUGGAGAAGUACCGGCCCGCCUCGCCCACGGCUGCCGGCCCGGGUCCCCCUGUUGCUGGGAGUGGACAGGGGGGGCAAGUUGGAGGGGUAGUGGGCAGCACAGACGGGACAGGAGCUCCUCCGGGGGACCCAGGCCAGUACGCUCAACCUGUAGUCAACGCCCAGCUCCCUAACCUACAGAACGGGCCCGUCUAUGCGCGAGCCAUUCAGAAGAGGGUGCCCAACGCCUACGACAAGACGGCGCUCGCUCUGGAGGUGGGCGACACGGUAAAAGUGACCAAGAUCAACGUGAACGGCCAAUGGGAGGGUGAGUGUAAGGGCAAACGAGGCCACUUCCCCUUCACUCACGUUCGACUGUUGGAACAACAACAACCCGACGACGAGAGCUGAGAAACACACUCCCAUCACCUCCACGGCGUCCAGCACAUCCCUUCUCUUUUGGUCGUUUUUUCAUGCUCGGAAAUAAGAAAAGAUUUAUACAAGCACACAAGUUUAUGAACCUAUGAGCUCCACCGGACCCUGUCGCAACACAACACGUGUUGGAUGAUCUUGCCUACUGUCAUUUUGAAGAGUUUACACUAAGGUCACACUGAUAUCGGUUCGCCUAUAUUAACUUAAAGUCAACAUUGUCGGCUUCCUCUUUGACUACUUCCCAAACCUGCAAUUAAAUAUGUCUUGCAUUCAGAUAGAUAGCAGCAUUUAUUGAUUGCUGUAUGAAUGUUACAUGUUAAAGAAACAUGUGUUUGUUGUCUUAACCAGAAUUACAUGGGAUUAUUGAUUAUCAGUUUCACCUUAGCCUAGUUUAGCACCACAACUGAAAGCAGCUGAGUCGAGAGAAAAGAAUAGGACAAUAACUCCAGAGCAGUUUUAUUUACUUUUUAUAUGCUUAUGUUUAUUGUAGAAAUAAGACACUAGCCAUGUUUCUAUGCACAUGUUUUUAUUUGCAUUUUGAAGUAUCGCUUCAGAAAAGCUGUAUGGAAACGGCAAAAUUAAAAGCUAAAUAAGAGAUAUUCAGUGGAAAAGGAAUUAAAGGGGAACUACGCCAGUUUUCAAAAUUCAUA